AAAAAUGACUACUUUUGUCUUAUUGGUAUUAAUUUCUAAGCACCAAUCGUUGCAAUAUUUUUCAAGUAAGUUUAGUUUGUUUUGUAGUCCAUUUUGGUUUUCUGAAAGCAGUACAAGAUCAUCCGCAUAUAGAAGAGAGGUGAUUUUCUUUCCAGAAAGAUUGUAUAUAUUUCUAUAGUAAAGUAAAUAGAUCAGGAUUUUUGUUUUGUUUUAGGCGUGUGCUUGUGUUCUUAAUAUUGUGUAAGCCCAUUCCAAAUCGUUCUACGCAAUCGUUAAUGUCUACCGCUCGCUUUUGAUACCCGAUGUGUACGACCCCCGGAUGUUUUUCAAAAAUUCUGACCGACAUGAUGUUUUCUACAGCAAAAGGAAAACGAGCGUGCCUUCUUUCAAGCUUUGAAAGGAAAUCAAGCAACAGUGAUAUUUGUUAUCGGCCACUGGAAAAAAUUACCCAAUUUUAAUGAAUGAACGGACUUGCAAAUCGCCGGUUGAGGUGUCUAUAUUUCUGGAUUUUGACUGCUGUAGUUUGGCAAAGCCCAAUAUGUAAGUAAAUAGAAUGACAGGGGGGAAUGUAGACCAGGGGGUUCCGAUAACAUAUCCGGCGGAUAUUCCAUUGUUGAAGCGCAACUCCAAUGCCAAGACUAACAUCAAAGCACAUCUAAACAACACAAUACACAUACCGAUCGACUCGAACAGAUUGGAUGUUUUCAAGGAGGUCGGCGCUUGAUGUAAACAAAACAGUGAGUGCGUUCCGAUCGACUAUUAUUUACCGUUCUCGCAUCGUUCGAAAACAUGGCAGAUACCGCAGCUCCCGCGAAAAAGGUUUCCAAGCCCAAGGUGCCCGCAGCGCACCCAAAAUACAUCGACAUGAUCAAGGCUGCCCUCGGGUCACUGAAAGAGCGUGGUGGAUCUUCUAAACAAGCCAUUCUUAAGCACCUGAUGGCCAAUUAUAAAGUGGGUAAUGACGUCAACUCCAUCAAUGCCCACCUCAAAAUGGCCCUUAAGAAUGGAGUCAAAAAGGGUGCUUUGAAGCAAGCCAAGGGUAAAGGUGCCAGUGGCUCCUUCAAGCUUGGAGAUAAGCCCAAGGCUGAGCAGAAGCCUAAAGCCAAGAAAGUAGCCAAACCAAAGGCUGCCAAACCUAAGAAGGCUGCUGCCAAGCCCAAGAAGGCGGCCGUAGAGAAAAAAGUGAAGAAGACGCCAAAGAAACCAGCCGCACCCAAGAAGGCCGCCCGUAAGAGCGCCCCAGCCACCGGUGGCGUCAAGAAGCCCCACAGAUACAGGCCAGGAACUGUCGCUCUUCGUGAGAUCAGACGGUACCAGAAAAGCACUGAGCUUCUCAUCAGGAAACUCCCAUUCCAGCGUCUGGUCCGUGAAAUUGCACAGGACUUCAAGACCGAUCUGCGUUUCCAGAGCUCUGCCGUUAUGGCCCUUCAGGAAGCUAGCGAGGCCUACCUUGUAGGACUUUUUGAGGAUACCAACUUGUGCGCUAUCCACGCCAAGAGGGUGACCAUCAUGCCCAAGGAUAUCCAGCUUGCCAGACGUAUCCGUGGCGAGCGAGCUUAAUUUCACUCGUGUGACACUCAAAACGGCCGUUUUCACGGCCACCUAAUUCUUUCGAAAAGAUGCCUUCAUAUUGCUCUUGAUCAAGAAACUUGUCGUGAAUAAAGUAUGACUGAAUGACAUGCAUAACCCUACUACCACAAACUACUUGACCCAAGUCUGGUAAAUUUCUGUAAAAUAAGAAGUUUUAACGCAACUUCAGUAAUGAAACUAAAUGCUGCGAAUGUGAACACGUACAAAACAGUAGUAUACAUUGCAGAGCAUCAAUUGUAUAGAUGACAACAAAUGCACAUUGAAAAUCCUUGUCAGCAGGAAAGUACACAACAAACCUAGAGAAUAGCUGUAUAGAACGUACUAAGAACGCAUACAUAGAGACAUCGGUAGUCUGUAGUACACACUAAAACAACCUACCUUAAUUCUAGAAGGGUCAGAUACUACGGUAUUUCAUUCAACCAACUCGGGGCUUUUGAGGGCAUGUAAAGCAUGCAUUAAUAAGAGAAAGGGGUUCAAAUAAUAGCUAGCAUCAAUAGCGCACGGAGAAAAUCUAUAACAACAACAAAAUAUAUCAAUAAAAACCCAGAUGUAGAAAUAUGUAGACGUUAGGGGGGUCAUGAUUAUUCUGAGAGGUCAAUGAAAUCUUCACUUCGUAUUACAUUCUUGCGUAUAUAAUCACAGAACAUCGUAUAUUUCAUUAUGUUAAUUCAAAUCUUGUCUGAAAUCAGUAUUACACGUGUAACACCGUGUUAAAUGUGUGCAGUGCAGAAAUGUGAACUCUGACAGUAAUAAUAUAUCCCCAGGAUUGUUAUUUAUUUAUAUUGUAAUUAAUUACUAGUUAAUCUGUACACCCCCACCCCCUUGAGGGUCCUUAAUUGAUGAAUUAACAUGUCAUAACAUUUUAUAUCAGGAGACCAUACAUACAGUCUAACAAAGGGCUUGAAUUUCUUUUUCAACUUGCACAGAUAUAAUAUUUCUUAUUUUCAACAUGUUGAGUAGAAAUUUGCUUAGCUUGAUUAAUAAUGGAUUAUCUUUAUUAUUUACCUUUUCUCUCCCCCUUUUUUUGUUGUUGUUUUUUGGAUAUAGUAUAGUAGACUUUCACAGUUGUGAGCCAUGUUUUCAUAUUAAUUACCCUAAUAAAAACAAAUGCUAUUGUUGUGUGUUAAUUAAAAGGAAAACAAAACGAUGAUUUAAAAAAAAAAACAGAACAGUAACUAAGCUAGGAAAUCUCAAAUGUGUGCGUAGAUAAAAUAUUAUAUUGCUAUCAAAAUAAAUAAAUACUUGUAUACUAGUAUACUAUGCAAGAGAAAUGUAAACAAACACAGGUAGGCGCGUUUAGCGAGAACCAAUCAAGAUGUAGUUAACAGCGCUUCUUCGGACACGACAAUCGACUAGCCGAAGUUUCAAGGUAUUAUGCGCUCUAACGGGUCGUCAAUUAGGGCUAUGUAAACCAGCAAUUUCUCAAUUUGUCAGGUCAUUCAGCACUUGUCUAUUGAUCAGCAAUCAUGUCAGGAAGAGGCAAAGGAGGAAAAGGUCUUGGAAAGGGGGGCGCCAAGCGUCACAGGAAAGUCCUUAGAGAUAACAUCCAGGGUAUUACCAAGCCCGCCAUCCGUCGUCUUGCACGUAGAGGUGGAGUCAAACGUAUCUCUGGACUCAUUUACGAGGAGACCCGUGGUGUGUUGAAAGUUUUCCUUGAGAACGUGAUUCGUGAUGCUGUCACCUACACCGAGCACGCCAAGAGAAAGACAGUCACAGCCAUGGAUGUUGUCUACGCCCUCAAGAGACAGGGACGCACCCUUUACGGAUUCGGUGGUUAGAUACUCUUGUCACCGUUUGUGCAUCCCAGCGCAAAAACAAAACGGCCGUUAUAACGGCCACCAAAUUCUUUGAAAAGACGCCUCUAUGAAACGUUAUCAAGAGAAACGGUUACCCUGUAUUGUACUUUUAGUUAACAAAUUGGCAUACAACUUGUUAAGAAAAGGUAUGCACUUUGUGGUUAACAUGUUUCAUUUGCAGUGAAGAGAUUUCAAUUUGAUACUUGGAUUUCUUUUCAUAUCAAGUAAAUAGUCAGACUACACCACAA